AUGAGACCUCAUUCCUGCCUGUCUGUCCUCUUCCUCUUUGUAAUGAUAAUGCCGAAAGGAGAGGCUGGUUUUCUCCCAGGGGAAAAGCAGUGCAUUUUUCUGAAAGGGGUAUGCAAAGACAUAGCAUGUACAUCCACGGAUGACACCAUCGGCGAAUGUAACGAUGAGAAGAAGUGCUGUAGGAGAUGGUGGGUGCUUGAGCCCUACCCAACACCCAUUCCCAAAGCGAAGUCUCCUUAG